UUUAACUACCAUUUUAAAAGAUUUCAUAACGAGUUUUAUUGGACGCCAAAUCUCUUCCAAAAUCAAACCUUUUCGAGAUUUAACAAACAAAACCAUUUUCGCCGGAAAAUAUCAUCUCCGAUCAACCACAAACAAACCUCUCCGACGAACAAACGAUCAUUCAAUCGUUUGCAUGACGUAAUCAAACCACCUCCAAUGGAUUUUUCUUCAUCCGCUAAGAAAUCUCCUCGCUCCACCACCACGCGGAACACCGACGCCGCUCCGGCGGUAAACUCCGACCACGACGCCUCCACUUCUCACUCCGAUUUCAUCGUCAAAAUCAAUGGCGAAGAUCGAGACACCGAAAAGUUCCGACGAGCCACCGGCGGCGUGGAUGAUCCGCCGUCGCGGCUGAUCGGAGAGUUUUUAAACAAACAGAAACACGCCGGAGGUGAGAUGUCGUUAGAUAUGGAUCUAGAAAUGGACGAGUUACGUAAUGGAAGUCGUAAUAAUUCCGGUAACGCCGUUAAUAAUAUUCCGAAGUUUCCAGAAAGUCCGUUAAGAGGUACGAACAAUAAUUCCGAAACCGUUAAUAACAUUCCAAACCCUAGGGUUUCGAAUUCUAGAGAAUUAAAGGUUUCGUUUCAACAACCGAAUAAUAAAAACAACAAUAACGAUGAGGAUGAUUAUGACGACGAUGACGACGAUGAUGAGUUAGAGGAAAUUCGGUUACAACAACAACAACAACUUAGAAGAAAAUCAAGUAAUCUGAAUAAUCUGACUCACAGUUUGAAUAACAGUCUGAGCCGUGUGCAUGAUGAUAGAGGUGGAACUGAGGUUUUGAAAUGCACCUCGUUUCAAAGGCGAGCACCGAUUAUGCGUACGCGAACGCAACAAUCGAGGUUGAUUGAUCCGCCUGAGGUGGAAGUUGAGGUCUCUUUAUCGGGUACAGCGGGUAAAUCGGGUCAAUAUAGGUCAGGUUUGUUAUUAGCUAGACCUUCAGGGAUAGUAGCUAGAGGUGAGAUAGAAGAAGAGGAUGAUUCAUUGUAUGAGGAGGAUAAUCCGGAUGAUUUUCGUAGGGCGAAGUUGGAUGCGUUAACACUUGUUCAAUGGAUUAGUCUUGUUUCGAUUUUGUCGGCUUUGAUUUGCACGCUUUUGAUUGAUGAUUGGAAGCGGAAAGUAGUUAGGGGGCUGCAUUUUUGGGAAUGGGAGGUUUUAGUGUUGGUGUUGAUAUGUGGACGGUUGGUUUCGGGUUGGGGGAUAAGGUUUAUUGUGUUUUUUAUUGAGAGGAAUUUUCUUCUGCGUAAGCGAGUUUUGUAUUUCGUGUAUGGGAUUAGGAAGCCGGUUCAGAAUUGUAUUUGGUUGGGUUUGGUUUUGAUUGCUUGGCAUUACAUGUUUGAUGAGAAAGUUGAGGGUCAUAACCGGUUUCUGAGGGUGUUGAACAAGUUGAUGGUGUGUAUGCUUGUGGCUACGUCGUUGUGGCUUGUGAAAACGCUGAUGGUUAAAGUACUCGCGUCUUCGUUUCAUGUUAAAAAGUUUUUUGAUCGGAUUCAAGAAGCUUUGUUCAACCAGUAUGUGAUCGAAACCCUCUCGGGCCCACCAUUGGUCGAGAUGCAAAAUAUCAUAAUAGAAGAGGAGAAGACACUGGCGGAAGUUAAUAGACUUCGGAAUGCUGGUGCUAACAUGCCUCCAGAGCUUGGGGAGAAUGUGUUUUCGACGAAGAGUGAAAGGUUGCAAAAGCCGCCACCUGCCAUCAAGAUUGAUGAGAAGGAGCAUGGGAUCUCGAUUGAUCACUUGCAUAGGCUUAACCCGAAAAAUGUAUCAGCUUGGAACAUGAAAAGAUUGAUGAAAAUCGUUCGUUUGGGAACAUUGAGUACAUUAGAUGAGCAGUUACAUGACAUGAAUACGAAAGACGAUGAGUCAACGACACAAAUCAGAAGCGAAAUUGAAGCCAAACGGGCUGCACGCAAGAUUUUCUUGAAUGUGGCCAAGACUGGCUCCAAGUUCAUCUAUCUUCAAGAUCUGAUGCGGUUCUUGAGAGAAGAUCAAGCUGUGAAAACCAUGUCUCUUUUGGAAGGUUCACCUGGAGAUGAAAAGAUUAGCAAGGGAGCUUUGAAGACUUGGGUGGUUAAUGCAUUCAGAGAACGAAAAGCACUCGCCUUGACACUAAACGAUACAAAAACAGCAGUCAACAAAUUACACCAAAUGGUGAAUGUUUUGGUUGGCAUCAUUAUCCUGAUUAUUUGCCUCUUAAUACUGAACAUAGCAACAAGCAAAUUUCUAGUUUUUAUUAGCUCCCAGAUCGUGGUGGUCGCGUUUAUCUUUGGCAACACCUGCAAGACCGUAUUCGAGGCCAUCAUCUUCUUGUUCGUCAUGCACCCUUUUGACGUUGGUGAUCGUUGUGAGAUUGAUGGAGUUCAGAUGAUAGUAGAAGAGAUGAAUAUUUUGACAACUGUGUUCUUGAAAUGGGACAAUGAGAAGGUUUACUUCCCAAACAGUACUCUCUCAACCCGAGCCAUCAGCAACCAUUACCGGAGUCCUGACAUGUGGGAUUCAAUCGAUUUCUUCAUCCAUAUCACCACUCCUGCUGAGACGAUAGCUGUCAUGAAACAAAGAAUAACCAAGUACAUCGAGAGCAAGAAGGAUCAUUACUAUCCAAAUGAUAUAACAGCUGUUUCAUUGACAUUGGUGCAAUUAAACACGAUCAAGAUGCACAUAUGGUGGAGACAUAAAAUAAACUUUCAAGACAUGACAGAGAGGUACAUAAGAAAAGGGGCAGUGAUUGAUGAAAUGGUCCGAAUCUUUAAAGAACAUGAUGUCGACUACAGAUUCUACCCGGUUGAUAUCAAUAUCAAGAACAUGCCUUCACCAGCGACCAGUAGUCGGCUUCCUCCUACAUGGUGAGCACGUAACUAAGUAUGAAAAUGGGACGCUACAACUUUAAUUGCAUGGUGUAUGAUGCGAGUUCACACGUAGAAUCUAAGCAUUGGGGAAAUGCAGGAUGAGAUUGUGCACAAAAAUUGCAUGGAAUAGUGUUGAAGGGCUAUAUAGAUUUAAGUUUGGUGGUUUAGUGAGAACACACAUGAUACUAGAAUUACAUCUUUGAUAAUGGUUGAAAUUUGAAAUAAGCUUUUUUGGAUGGUAUGGAUGGCUUGGUUUUCACUUUU